GGGUCAAGAGCUAUGGGCCUUCCUUCCUGUGACCUGCUGGAACGUCUUCGUGUCUGCCUGGUUCCAGUCCUGCACUGUUUAGGGGAAGCACCUUGGUUUCUAGAAUGGUUUAUAUGGAGGAGUAUGUAGGACUGGUCUGGGAUGAGCACACAGCUGUCUCUCUCCUAACCGUCAGAGUGGGGAAUUAGUUCCCAGGGGUUAUCUCCCCUGAAGUCCAUCAGGUUUUCUAUUGCACAUGGAUAGGUUAGGAAGGAAGGAGAGGCUUUUCCAGAAACAAAAAGUCUGUGAGAGGGUCUGACUUGCUCAAAACCAGAAGAGGAAACAGAAACCCCUGUACGUUCUUUUAAGGGGUUCUUAUUUGUUGAGAAAGAUCAGAGGGGUCUGUGUACCUCUAGACUAAAAUAAAGAUGAAUGAUAGUUGCUCUUGUGGGUCUAGAAGUUAAGGAGUUUUUUUGUUUGUUUGUUUUUUGUUUUUGAGAGCAGAGAUUGGGCAUCAAGAAGAUUAGAAAGGAAGUUGGGAAAGGGGCUAAAGGAACAGAUUCCUAACAGGGUUUCUUUGGUCUUCUACUCCCAGAGUAAGUUGCCAUUAUGAGUAGGAUUGGCCAGAGGUAGGAAUGUGGGGAGGAGAGGGUGAGAAGAAAUGAGAGGAGAACCCAAGUCCCUGCCUCAGCCUUCAGCAAAGCUGGCUUAUUGCCUGUCUCCUUAGAGUUGGUUGUCUCCAAGAAUCGGUCAGUCACCUUUCUCCUGCAGAGGUGAGGUGCCAGAGACCCCUCAAGACAUGUCUACCCUUUCACUGCUUUCCCAAGGGGACCUGGAAAGGACAGUCAAGUAUUAGAGGAAAGAGAAAGGUAUUUCUAUCCAAAGCCCUGGCCUUAAAGAAUGUUACUAAGUAUCUGCUCCCAAGUUGUCAGCCUUGUUACUUGGCUAAGGUGUCCAAGCCAAAAAGGGAGAAGGAAAAUGGAGUCUUCCUCACCCUGAGGACAGGGUAGAAGACAGGGUAUGUAGAGCAAAGUGUCACAUAGGCAACCUCCUUUAGCCUAUGUUCAUAUGGCCUGGAACUAGUGUUCACAAGAGCCAGUCUCUUGCAUAUUUGUUGCCAUCCUUCACCUUUUGCCAUUUCCCCUAUCAGAGAAUGUAAAUCAUUUUAACAUUAGGCCAAAAUAAACAACUUGUAGGGUACAUAUGUUGUCAAAAAAGGUUAAAGCGAUGCAUGCCAAACCAAACUAAAAUGAUUUGGAAUAUCUGCUACUUGGGUGAUCAGGGAUUCACAGAAGAUUGGGACAAGAAACUGCAGUUUAUUGAGAGUGUUUCACUUCCUCCUACCACCUCAACAGGACUUUGUCCAGACUCUCCUCUUACCUUUGUGCCUUGACUGUGGUUCUUUGUGGCAAGAUGCUUUGGUUGGUAAAACAUAACAUGGAACAAAGGAUCCACUGAAGUGAUCUCUGUGUUGUGUGGUAAUUUGACAAUGGCCUUGUGUUACGUAAGAAUCACUGAUGUUAAAAGUGCAUGUUCUUGGGGCUAUCCUCAGUGAUUGAUCAAAGUCUGGGGUAGGGCUGGGCCUCUACAUUUUAAACAUACUCCUCAUUUGAAUUUAGGGAACUUUGGGAAAUUAGUCCCAGAGGAAGUUUGGGCCAUUUCUUCUGAGCUGAAGGGCUGGUUCCCUGCCUGGCCUGAUGGGGUUUGAGAAGGGAGAGAGGCCUCAUUCUCUCCUUACUUAAUUCUGCCCUCUCCCUGUCUCAGGGUUCAUUCAUGUUAUGCCCUUCCACCCCACAUUCCUCUACUCUUGACUUCAGGAAAUGCUGGUCAUUAUCUAUGAGACAAAGGUAAACACAGGAUGUCAAACAGAACAAACAGGAGACUGAGGUCAGAGUAAGGGAUGUUAAAUAUAUGCCUUGGGUAGGGGUCUGGGGGAGAGGAGAGUUUCAGAGACAGGAGAUGCUGUCAAAAUUUCUGUGCUCCAGUACCCAAGACUAGGAGUUAGCUAGGAUCACCUACUAUGUGUCUAGCACUGCAUAACACGAAGUGUUUUUUGGGUAAGUGGAAAGGAAUGGGAAUAAGCUGUACUUCCCUCCCUCCACCACCCUCAUGAUCCUUUCCAAUUUCACUCCCACCAGUACCAGUGCUUUUUUUGAAUGUAUAACUUCUGUUUCUUCAGUCUGUAGAUCUUCAGGCAUCUAUCUACCUUUGGCUUGUGGAGAGUAGGGAAGAAGUUCUAGCAGGUAUAAAUUGCAUAUAACCAUCUCCCCAGCCUAUCUACAUAAAGAGACCAGUAUUCUGUCCUGAAAAUAUUUCCUAGUUUAAGAUAAUCUCCUGUUCCACUAGCCUUUCCUACCUAGUACAGUUGAUCAUGGGCUUGAGGAAGACUAGAAGAAAGCCAAAACUCAGAAAGGCGCCCUGGGCUUGGAUUGCAUGGAUGAGUAUGGGUUUACAAACAGCUGGGUCUGUGAGGCCACAGGGUGGCGCCAGAGUAAGGAUCUCCCUGAGAGAGGCCCAGGAACUACACUUCCCAGGAGGCUUUGUGCAGGCGCCCGAGACGGAGCUAUCGGAGGGGCAGGACCUGCGGACGCUCGCUUGUGAGGCGCUAGUGCAGCGUCGAUGGCUGGCCCAGUAAAGGACCGAGAGGCCUUCCAGAGGCUAAACUUCCUGUACCAGGCCGCCCACUGUGUCCUUGCGCAGGACCCCAAGAACCAGGCGCUGGCGAGGUUUUACUGCCACACGGAGAGGACCAUCGCAAAGCGGCUGGUCUUGCGGCGGGACCCCUCAGUGAAGAGGACCCUCUGUCGUGGCUGCUCUUCCCUUCUUAUCCCUGGCCUCACCUGCACCCAGCGUCAGAGACGAUGCAGGGGACAGCGCUGGACAGUACAGACCUGCCUAACAUGCCAGCGCAGCCAACGUUUCCUCAAUGAUCCUGAUCAUCUGCUCUGGGGAGACCGGCCUGAGGCCCAGCUGGGGAGCCAUGCAGAUCCCAAAUCUCCACAACCCCUGCCAAACACAGCCCACCCCAUUCUAGCCCACCUCUGUGAGGAGAAAGUGCAGCAUGAGAGCUCCAGCCACCAGUGAUGGAUUCAUCUUAUCUUCGAAAUAAAUAAAGUAUAUUGGUGUCUCA